UACCCUGAUGCUCAAUAAGGCUUACAAAGUGCUGGUGAAAGAGGAUCUGAGGAAAGAUUAUGAUGCUUCAAUCGGUCAAAUGAGACUGCACGUUGGCAGAAACGGCUUGGACUCUGCACGUUACAGCUCAUGGAAUGGACCAUUGAGACCACAAGCUCUAUUUGUUGAUGAAAAUGCAUGCAUAGGGUGCAGAGAAUGUGUACACCAUGCCAGUAACACAUUUGUAAUGGAUGAAGCUAUGGGAUGUGCACGAGUAAGAGUUCAAUACGCGGACAACGAUGAAAAACUCGAGGUUUCAGUCGAGUCAUGUCCUGUGAACUGCAUCCACUGGGUGGAUAGGGAAGAGUUGGCUGUGCUUGAGUUACUGAUUCAACCUCAGCCGAAGAAGGGACAUGGUGUGUUUGGAGGAGGAUGGGAAAGACCAGCAAAUGUUUUUAUUGCUGCCAAGGCAUUUAACAAGCAGCAGCUAAAUCAGCAGUCAGAAGCUGAAUACCAAAGAAAUGCUCAAUCAGCUGUUGAAAAGGAAACGCCUGCACAAGCAGAGGCUCGAGUUAAUGCUAGUAAGAAGAUUGAGAGGGAGAGGUUCUCCGGAAUUUGGAAUUUCUUCGAACAAGUUUUUCACCCAAACAUGUAGAUGAAAUGCUAUGAAAAUGUCAUCCCCAAGAAGCGAAAAGACAUAAGUGCAGACAGUUAAUAGUGCCUAAGGCUAAAUGUAUGCAAUCUAUGAAGCAUAUGAAAACGCAAGUGUAUGUAAAAAUAGUAUAUACGCUGGAUGGUAUACGUGUAUAUUUAUAUAGUUUUUAACUUAA